AUGGCCCUUACCUUUGGACUCUACUCUCAUUAUGAUCUUGAUGUUCGCAUUUCGGUCGAACGCAACGGAAAGGAUCCCGAGAUCCUCUUCCCCAGCUGGCUUGGAAAGCCUGGAUCAUAUCUCAUUGAACCUAGCGCCGAUACAUCCUCUUCUUUAGCCUUAGCGCUCUUAUGGAUUGCAGAGUGCAUCAAUAAUCAUACGGAAUGUGCAGUCUCCCCGAGAACUCGAUUCCCUCGGAGCUUGAUCAACAUCGGCCAAGAACCGAUUGGCAUUGUUCCAACAAAUAAUCUUCAUAGUCUAGGAGAAGAUGCGCACUACGUCGCUCUAAGCCACUAUUGGGGUGGACCCGGCUCUAUUCUUCCACCAAAACUUACUAUGAAGACCUUGGCUACAGUUGAACAAGGUAUUCCAGAUUCGGACCUUCCACCUACCUUUUUGGAUGCGGUCCGAACAACCAGAGCGCUCAGCUUUCGGUAUUUGUGGAUAGAUUCACUGUGUAUCGUCCAGGAUGACAGGACGAAUUUCGAAAUAGAAUGUGCCAACAAGAACUCUAUAUACAGUAACGCCGACCUAACAAUAGCUGCCUCUGACGCAAUGUCACGAACCCACCGUUGUCCCUAA